AUGGCCGACGUGAAGGUUGUACACUUCAUUCGUCACGGAGAAGCCGAGCACAACGUCGCGGCGCGUCGCCACGGCUGCCAGGAGUACCGCAACUGGGCCUAUCUCGACGCGCCCUUGACAGAAAAGGGAAGAGGCCAAGCCAGAGAAGCCCAGAAGGUCGUGCUGGCCCAAAUGAAGCCGCAGGUGGUGCUGGUGUCGCCGCUCACGCGAACGCUGCAAACAGCCGAGGAAGUCUUCCAACCGCUGAUGGACAGCAGCGAAGGCAAGCCACGGUUCGAGGUGUGCGAGGGCGUGCGGGAGCGAAUCGGUCACCACCCCUGCGACAAGCGACGGACGGUGUCGGAGCUCAAGCCCCAGUUCCCGCAGUUCUCCUUCGAUGCCAUCCUCGACGAGGACGAUUGCCUCUGGAGCGAAGCCCGGGAGCCCACCGAGGACAUCCUGCAGCGCGCCAAAGCUUUCCUAGAGGUUCUGCGACAACGCUCAGAGAAUUGCAUCGGCGUGGUGUCUCACAGCGCGUUCUUGACGGCCAUGUUCGUGGUGCUGACGACGGAAUGCGGCCUGCGGAGCGACGGACCCGAUGGCCCGCCCGACAUCACCUCUGCGUCAUCGCCCGAUGCCGUGGCCAACGGUGGACCCAUGAACGGCGAGUCCAAGCCCUACUUUGCCAACGGCGAGGUCAAGACCGUUGUCAUCCUCCCGCACUCCUCGUGA